GCGGCGAAAGCCGCGCCGAGUUCCUACAGCGCUCAGCAAAGGAGCGCGAGGAUCGCGAGCGCAAGCGGGUCCGCGACAUGGCGGCGACGAAAAUCCAGGCCAACUGGAAACGCGGCAAAGUACGCGAGGCCGUCUGUCGAGAGCAGCGAGCUCUCUUCGAUGCACGAUUUAAUGACUUGGACCAGGUCGAGUCGAGAUUGCCGCCUGACAUGAGAGCUCCGGUUGUACAGAAAGCUCUGCGAGACUAUUUGCUUAGGCCGUUCGGUCUCUUCUUCGGGCGUGGUGGUCAGGAUGCAAACCGGGUGUACCGGAUUGCGAAGCUGAUGGAGUUCACCAGCCAGCAACCUUCGCCGACCAACUACUUCUCCGGCUUGAUAGCAGAUGAGGAGCUGACGAGAAUGACAACACUCAUUCAGAGUUGGAAAGUGCUCAGGGCGAUCCUGUCCAUGGGCGAGUUUGUGAGGGUUGUCAAAAUCCUGAGUCGCAUCCGCGACCUGGUCUAUGACCCGACCACGAACCAGCCGCUGCAUGCAGAGAGAUCUCCUCAAAUCUUUGCCUUCAUGCUCAGGAAGACAGAGAUUCUGGACUGGGCCCUCGAGCAAAGUUCUUGGUAUGUGAACUGGGAGGACAUCAGACCCCCUGUCAGCUACCAGAUAGACAUGCUCAGACUCGCCUCUUUAGGUCUCGGGACAUUGGAAGCCAAGACUCGCCGGCGCUUGAUUCUCCAGGUUCUGUCAGCACCUAUACUCCUUCGAACACUGGAAAGUGUUACCUCGGCGGAGGUGCUGUCAAUACUUGCACACUUCAGACUGGGCCCCCCGCCGAACGUGGAAGAGGAAGCACCGCCCCUCGAGGAGGAGGCAGAUGAAAUCCAUGACGGAGCCACUGUGCGUAUGGAGAUCUUCGCAGGCAACGCAGGCUCCGUCUUCCCGGCCUUCCUUCAUCUGGGCGAGCCGCCGGAGGAGGUGCUGGGCUGGCUCAUGUGGCUGAAGGCUAAGUUGCCGGCUUCCUUCUUCACAAAACCGGGUGGCCCGAAGCAGUCGCGGUGGCGUCAUCAGCUUUGGAGCCAACAGCUGGUUUCUCGUCUAUACCGCGCGGCUCGAGGGACGAAGCUGCUGGAUCGUGUCCUGUCCUUCUACUACGAGGAGCCGACGGUCACCUAUCCGGACACGAUGCAGGCAGGCAAUGACUGGCAAGCGGUUGUUGCGUUUGUGUGUGUCAUGCAGGGCUUACGACGGCUUUGCGAUUGCUGCAGUUGGGCCCAGUUAGCUUCAAGGCUUUUUUUGCAUCAUUGGCCCUCCUAG